AUGAAUAUCAAAGUGAUAGUCAUAUUCUUUGCUUUGACCUGUUGCAUUGGAUGUAACUUCUAAAAAUUGACGCCUGACGAGAACGAGAAGCGUUUGACAACAUGUGGAAACGAGAAAUUUGUUCGUCAAUCAAAUAGCAGUGUCCCGAAAACUGUGUACCCCCCAGGUUGGAGCCUACUGAUAACUAACAAAGCUUCCGAUUCGCAGACUUCAUAUCUGACAACACUUAUCUCACCCCGACACGCGAUAACAUCUGCUUUCCUUGUUCGGAAUAAGGAUGGUUGGUAUAAUCGAGUAGCAGAAGCCGGAAAGUGUGAUGUUACUAAGAAUACUAAGCACCUCAUUGUUCCACAACUUGCAUUGGACGAUCUGGAAGUUAAUUGGAGUGCUUGUUCUUCCCGGGGAAGUUGUCGUCGUGUAAAAAUCACAUAUGCAUACAUUGUGGAUGGUUGUUCUGUAAAAAAUCAUGUUAUGUGCCAGCAGCCACUCAUUGCAACAUUCGAACACGAGGAACAAAUCUAUCCCAGUUUUCCUUGUUUAUCUGAAAGUAAAUUCAACCUUCCUGAUCAGAGUCAAGUUGACAUUUAUGACUACACUGGACAAUCAUAUACACUUGAACAACUUAGAAAACAAGGAGACUAUAUUAACGGGAGGUAUUACAAGGUGGGUAGACCAUAUCAAAGUGAGGAUUAUCAUUACGGGAUUUUGUUGAAUGUUAUUGAAGAUAAGGAGACUGUAAUCGGACUUGAGUACACAGAAUGGGAACCUGACGAGAACUAUGUUUAUUUCUUCAAAAUGUCAGUUAUCCAUGAGGAACUUUGUAAUCUAGCUGGAAUCUGCGAGGCUCCUUGGGCAUUGACAACGACUACUUCAACGACUGCUCCAACCACUGAAGUGUCCACAAGCACGACAACUUCAACUAUUGCAUAUGAAACUUCACCACCAAAUUCGAAGCCAACUGACGAAUUUGUCAAAUUGACUUCGGAAGAAAACGACAAAAGGCUGAGAACAUGUGGAAAUGAGAAGCUUGAACGAAAAGCGACAGAUGACAAUUAUAUCGAAGUCAAUUUUUUUGUGAAGUGGCUAGUCACGGUAAAGAACGUUGAAAACAUCGAACCAUUCUUAGCAACGAUGAUUUCAUCCCGAAACGUGUUGCUUCCUGCUUAUCCUGUACAAAAGUUUUCUUGGAUAAACCAAAAGAUACACGAGAUGAACACCCAGUGCGAUGAAAACAACGAACAUCGUUUUUUUCCUAAACAAUUACUGACACAUUUGGAAGUUAGGUCCAUUUUUUGUGGACAGAAAUACAAUGGAAAUUGUCCACGAAUUCAACUCUCGAGUGCAUAUAUUCUUGAUGGGUGUAGGAAUGUUCCAAUCAACAAAUCCAUGUUACUCAUUGCAACAAUUGAAAAUGGUUAUCCAGAAAAUACAAGUCAUCCUUGCCUAGCUGAUGAAAAUACCAUUAAUCAGUCUGAUGGCUUAUUCGACCUUUACGAAUCUACAAAAAAUUGGCAUAGACACAUGAGCUUGAUGAGCACAAACACAAGUGAUGACUCGUUUUAUGUUGAUUUUUACAUUCAUUAUGGAAUAGUCACCAAAAUAAUCAAUGAUAAGGAAACGCUUUUUGGAAUUGGUCUCAUGUACGACGGAGGCGCUAAGAAAAUUACACACUACAGUGAUGUGAUCUGCAAACUAGCUGGAAUUUGCUCUCAGUUUUCUAAUGGCACUCAAUUUCCACAUAAUUCAAAUGAUCCAUCAUCCAUAUCCAAAGUCACUACACUGUCUUUCAAUUCAACUCAGCCAACCAUUACCAAAAACAUUACUCCCGUGGAUGCCAAAGUCGUGGAAGAGCUUGACGAAGAUGUAGAAGCAACAACUGAAGAUGACGGCAAUAUUGAUAAUGAUUUGGUGGUUAGUAUGGAUUUCUUGGAUGGAGUCGGACAUAGGAUCGGAAUUAUUGAACUUGUUGUGAUUCUUAUUGGUAUUCUGUUGAGCCAAUUAAUUUGA